AUGGACCCCUUCCAACCCCACCACUUCUCGCCGCGGCUCCACGACCUACUGAAGAACACUGACCUGCAACAACUCUCACGCCUCCCCUCCCCUCGCCUGGCUACGACUGCUCUUCCCAACAUCGGCCUGAUAGAGCUCGUCUCCCCGCAGGCCUUCGAGAAAGACUACCAACCCCUCUACACGACCUUCUUCCAUGGUCAGGAGCGCGAGAACCCCUCCCUAAUCACCGCUCGCCUCGCAGCCGACUUCGCCGGCCAACGAUCUGGCCUCGCACCUUACCGCGUCCUCGGACUCCGUGACAACGCAGGGGAAGCCAUCGGCGCUGCACAAUUCUCCGUCCUCUUCCUCCCGGCAACCGGCACAGGGGCCAAGUACGCUGUGCCGUAUUUACAGUACAUCUACGUCCGGCCCCAGAAUCGGCGACAAGAUUUGAGUGAGGUGCUGCAUACGCUUGUCCUUGCCGUCGCGACAGCAGAUGCUGAAGCCUUGGGGGGAGGAAGGACGGUGCCGUUCACGUUGUUCGAGAGCGAACCGACGGGCUACGGGACUACGGAGGCGAGUAAGGGGACGGCGACGGAGAGGGCGGAGAUUCAUGCGCGGUCUGGGUCGAGAGCGUUGAUGCUCCGAGGGCAGGACGGGAGGGUGUGUAGCGCACACGUUCAACCUGGCCUGGAAGUCGGCGAAGGACCGUUGACGUUGAUCUGGGCGAUUCGACCUUCGCCCGCGAUGUUGGAGGAGGGCUGGGAUGUGGCAGAGUGUGGGAAAGCACUGGUGGAGGGGUAUUAUCGGAGUUUGAGGGAUGAAGGCUUCCCGGAGGAGAACAUUGCGGUUGCGGAAGGGAUUGUAGGGGCGAGGAUGAGGGGGAGGGAGUUCUUUGGGAUGGCGUUGGCUAAUGUGACGGUAGAUAUGUAUAAAGCUGAUAUUGAAGAGAUGUGA